AUGGAGAAGCCUUCUCAGUAUUCGGCUGCAGCGAUUCGACAGAUAAUUCAUGAGCUAGUGACCGAAGCUCUUCCACCUCCAUGUCAGCCGGACCCCAUGGCUGUGCCUCUGACGUAUGCUGAUGCCAUUGUCCGGGCGGCUCGCCUGCCGAAGUUGUCUGCUCCGCCUCUGCCUCGCCAGCCGGCGGCUCCGUUUUUCAGUGCACAGGAGAUGAAGAAAAGCAAGAACUCCAGCGAUAGGAAAUCUUUUAAUAAUAGAACUUCAUGCUUUGAGGAACAGUACAAAUCGGUCAACAGAAAGCUGCUUCUGGAAAUCGAUGAGAGUUACAAAGAAAAUGCGAGGGCUGAAGCAACGAACGGCUGUGGCACACAAGGCUUGCGGCAAUCCUUUUCGAAACCAAAAUCACCCUGCGUGCAGUGGAAAACAACCUUAAGCGAAGACCUUGCUGACAACAUUGGCCUCCAGUUGGCUUUUAAAGCAUAUGACCAAGUACUUCAAGAAGAAUGUGAAGGGAUAGACACUCGUCUAAGUGGCCUAGAGAACGUUACGGGAUUGCAGCUGUUCUUCAUUUCAACUGCUAGGACUCAGUGCAGAAUAGCUGAUAACGCUACGCUCAUCAACGAGAUAAGGAAGGCAAAAUACAGCGCUGCGCCUAACAGGGUCAACGUGGCCAUGAAAAAUUUUGAAGAGUUUGCUAGGGCCUUCAACUGCUCACGUGGCUCCCCUUUGUAUCCGCCCAGAAAUGAAACCUGCUCUUUAUGGUGAAGAAGAACCAGACGACUACAGCAUGUAACAACUGCUUUGAAAAGUUGAAUAAAUAAACACUAUCGA